GUUCCAUGCAAUCGUCGAACUGCAGACUAGAAUAUUUCGUUUCAACAAUAAAUGCAAGUAUUCAAACAGUUUCAUAAAAUUGAGAGUAAAGAACGCGUGAAAAGGUGACGCGGAAUGAGGCUGCAUUGCGAUGCAAGGCCCUGAACAUGACUCUUCUCACCGUCACCUCCCUGGAAGGCCUGCGGUGCAUCAGCAAUUUCAAGGCCGGCACUUACUGGACGAGCGGCUCGAACGAGGACCUCAACUGCGACUCUGAGAAAAAGUACGCGUGGUGUUCGACGGGCUUUGCCUUGUCCUCGGCUCUGCUCGCUCUCAACGAAUUUUGGCUGCCGACCAACACCACCCCGACCGCCCUCGACCGCUGUCUGGCCGUCGCCAUAUCGAGCACCCCCAGAAGGGGAGUCGAGCACAGGGGGUGCGACCAAACCCUGCCUUUCAUCUGUCAGUACAACGUCGACUGUCCGAAACUCUGCGUCAAAAACGACUCGCUGUUCGACUCUGUUGGAAACUUGAUGAACAAAGCCGCUUACGGAAUUUGGUACAACAUCGGCAACUUGACGUAUCUCUUGGGAAACAAGCCGGUGACUUGGGCUGGCAACUACCAGCAGUGCUGCGCUCUGGGGAUGGAAGCCCUCAACAUUGACAAUGCGGCCGAGCAAACGGGACUAAAAAGAUUCACGAUCGUCAACAUAGGUUUAACGCAGGUUAAGACGAAGAAAUAAUUCAAAUUCGAGUUGAUUUAAGCAAACUGGAGUGCAAACUUCAACUACUGGACUUCCGGUACGUGGAAGGGGGCACCGGUGGGCAAGUGGGCGUGGUGCGAGCCCAAUGGGCCAACCGUUUUCACCCAGGAUCUCGAUUGGGAGGACAGACAGCCAGACAACAAAGGGGGAAACGAGAGCUGCGUCCACUUCCGCUUCGUUUUAAACUACACAGGCACUGUCUUGACCGACAGGAACUGCUCCAACAAAUAU